UUUUCCAGCAGGGGCAGAUAAGCACCGCUCUUGCUACCGAAUCUAGCCUAAGAAGCAGUUACAGCCACCGGUGACGCAGGGUCACCCUUCAAGUUGUCAGUCGUGUGAUCAUCGACCUUUUGGCCUUUCCGUUGGUAGCGAAUUAUUGAGGACAGACAUCCGAUAGAGUGCAGCACCGCAAGCUCCGCUGUCGUACAGUUUUCAUUAAAACGUCACAAGUUCACAACCCUUGCAAGUCAACGGGAUUCCGAUAGCCUGCCCUAUAAGUAUUUUUUAUGCCGGAACUAGAUGAAUAUCUGUAUGCUCUUGCCUGGAAUAACAACACAUCAGUUGUAGUCAUUACCCUGAUAUUCUAUGAGUACGUGCUCCAGUUCGAGAAAGAGGUCACGUUUGUUUGGGAAAGACAGUGGUCGAUGAUGACGUAUCUAUACCUUGUUGUUCGAUAUUUCGGUAUUUUGAUUGCAAUAAUCUCCGCUUGCUGGGGAGGUCUAUUUUAUAUUCCUGAAGCACCGUACGUCAGAAUUGUGAGUAUAUCAUAUUCAACUGAAACUAGCUUUGCUCAUCGUGAAAAUGGAAUAGGUUAUGGCAUGUUUCUGUUUAUCCAAUGGAGUCUUUCUGUAUAUUUUUGCUUGGGAGAAGUCAUUCUCAUCUGGCGUCUAUACGCCUUGUACAACCAAUCCAAGCCUAUCCUGUAUGUUUUACUGGUGUUGUUUAUACCUAUCGUCGCGCUCUAUAUAGCGGUGGAUAUAUAUUUAUGGAGCCGACCCUCAGCGAUCUCAAUACAAGAAGUAAUAAUAACCCCAAACAUCAAGUACUGCGCGGCUUUUUUCCACAUCGGGCCCAUGCCAGCGAUAUAUACUUCCAUCCCCGUCAUAUGCUAUGAUAUCUUCCUAGUUGUCCUCGCCAUUGCCGCCCUCGGGAAGCACCUGAAAGAACGGAAGGAACUUCGAAUGAAACCUAACACCUAUGUAAUCGUGAUCGUCCAAUAUCAUGUCAUAUACUUUGUCCUGAAUUUGACAAAUCAAAUCUUCAUGGCGAUAUUGUGGGCCGACCUUUCGACGGCAGUGAUGAAUCUCGUUCUAAUGUUCAACGAUACUGCACCAUUUAUUAUCGUGCCACGUCUUAUCAUCAGCAUUUGGGAAGCGCAUGCCAACGAUAACUGUGUGCAUGUCAGUACGACAUUCCAGGAUUGCCUCUGUUGGACUUCGCCACCGACGUUGGAGGAGCACGAGCUGGACUUGCGCGAAUGAUGUUUUAACUUGGAAGGAGGUAGAGUGAAAACCCUUUGCCCGGACUCUUGUCAUAGAGAAAUUCUCUGAUACUACUAGUCCAUAGUGUCAUAUCGAGACAUCUAACACUGUACAUUGUCGCUACCAAGGAUACAUCAAUAGUGUGAUUGAUUCAUCAGUCGUUUUGGAAUAUCGUGGAGAUGUAUUGAUCGGGUUCCUCCAGCCUAUCAGGAAAAUUCUUGUGUGAUCAUCUAUGGCAACGUGCAUUCACUAUCAGCGACCAUAGCAUCGCAGUAAAGUCGCCCUCAUGCAGCACAGGCACAGCACUGUGGCGCUUUUGACUAGUCAUACCACUCACCUUAUGUGCCUGGCUAAAUACUGCUCAUCCUGUCGGUACUCGUACACUUAAUCUAAUUUUAUUUGGAUGUUAAAAUCAGGCACAUCAUUAAUUGAGUGAGCGAUUGAUUUGCC